AUGACGCGUGGACUGCCGCAGUGUAGAAUCUUCGCAGAUGAUGAGUCGUCUGGUUUAGCUCAGAACGUUACAGAGUCGGCCAUGAGGGCAGUGACGAUGAUCAUAAUAACGUCGCUGGUGCUGUUUUUCAUCGAGGAUAUAUCGUGCGUGAUUAAGGUUUCUCACAAAAAACCAAUCAAGAUCAAAAUUCAGGCGAAGCCUUCGCUCCUCGUGAAACCGUUCCCGUUUCUCUUACUGAAAAAGUAUCACAGAAAAAAGAUCCGCCUCGGCUGGCCCUUGUCGGCGCUCUUCACCUUCAAGGCCUUGGCCUUCCUAUCGAGUCUCGUGAGGAAACGUCGGAGGAGAUCGACGGAUUCGGUGCCCAUAAUCUUCUCAGCACCCAACACUCGGACGUGGCUGACAAACAUUGGAUCGAGGAAGAAUGGCGCAACGAGAAAAGCAACGAAGUCAGGCCUGAGUCAAGAGAGCGAGGAGAGAUUCGAAACCACAGAUAAACCUCCAACCACGGUUCUGCCUGAGCACGAAGGAUCUAGCGAAGAGAACGAUGAUGCGCGAGAAAGCGAAUAUAAGGACGAGAGAAUUCAUUACGAUGCCCCGAUGAAACUCGAUCGCGGGAGAAACAAUCAAGGGAGAACACCGACGAAACCACGACUGGGCAAAGCAGAACGGAAGGAACGAGGGAGAAGCAACGGAGGGAAAAAAGCGGUCAAGACGGAGAAAAGUACUCAUAUAGCUCCAAGCACGAGCUCAGACGACCACAAGGACGAGGAAAUCGCCGAAGUUUUCAGAUCUCUCCGAGCGAACGACCACAACAGCUGCAUCCAGAGAGCCAUUUGUGAGUACGAAGCCGUGAAGUACAAGAGGAAACUCACGCCCAUGCAAGAGAGCUUUGUCGAUCUUUUUGGGGAAAAUGUCUCACAACCCACGGAGGCCGAUGAGCUGAAGGACAGUUACCCAUUCCACAGAGCUGCUUUUAUCGGGAACAGCUUGCGCGACCCUUCAAUAUGCGCUCAUACUUUCAAAACUUGCCCCAGAACGCCAGACAGUAUCCUCCCCGCUUCUGAGCGGACGUCUCAGCCCGGGGAUACCAUUGAGGUCCCUGGACCUGUCACGAAUAAUGGUCCUCCACAACACCAGCUUGGCUCCCAAGCUCCUUCAUAUGCUCAAAAUCCAUUCGGACUUCCGGGAGGAGUCCCGGUUCCCGUACCUCCGAAUGUCAACGUUCGACCCGGAAGUCGAGCUUCUCUAUUUCCUGACGGUACCCUAUUAAUUUUCGAGGCGCCAGAAGAUCCAGCCCCCGGCCUGCCCGUGAUUCCGCAUCCCACACCUCUCGACCCACCGAAAGCCAAGGGUGCGAAGCCCGUUGUGGAUCUCAGUCAGUUUCUGCCAGGUAAGGCUGCGAUGGCACCAGCCGUGUUCGAGACGGAGCUCACCCUCACGGCGGAUGGCAAAGCAUUCAAUGAAGCCCUCCCGAAGAUUCCGAAAAUCAUCGACAGCGGCAUCAAACUCACCCCUCAAAUGAUCGAAUUAGUAUCCGGUCUACUGAAGAAAGACAACCAUCGAGGCAAGCGGAAAGACGUUGUCCAUGAACUCCUCAAGGACAUCGUCAUCGGACACAUUCAGAAACAAAUUACGACGGCCUGGAGACCGAGCUCUCCUAUAUUGCCUCCGGACAAUAUGCUCGACUUCGCGCUACCGCAGCAGCAAGCUAUCGAGAACUAUGCAUUCUAUUGA